AAGUUAGAUGAGCGACCGGGUAUAUGUUAUUUACAUUAACUAGGCAUAUGACUAUAUGAGCAAAGAAGUUGUGGAGAAGGGCGAAAAUGGCGACGGUGGGAGGGCGAGUGGGAUCAACAAGAGAAGGAACGGCGAAAGCAUCGGUAGCAGAUCAAAUAUCGCAGUCAAUUCAAUCCACCUCUAAUCUUCUGCAACUUAUGCAGCAAUCUUCUCCCUCUCAGGGUCACCUGGCUAAGCUUCCCAAGAACCUUUUGGCAAAAAGAUACCAUCAGAAUACAGGGCAAGUGUUGCAGCAGCUGCCACUAGUGAUUUCAUCACUUGAUGCAUAUAUGGAAAAUGGAUUACACAGCAUUCCUCAUUUAAAAACUGUAACGCAGCUGCUUGCAAACAUGGAAAACUCCCAGCUCAAGUCUUCCACGCAACCUAGUCUCUCCGAACGGUCUCAAGAGGGGGAAGCAAAGCAAUCGUCAGGGGAGUCUUGAACUUCCAAUCUGGAGAGGAGUUGUCCUUUGGAGGGAUAUUUGCCCAUAUGGGUAAACCUUUAACAAGCUAAGGUUUCGAUUGCUCCAAGGUGUGGGACCUGCUUUUUUUAACAUUUAGGUCCUAGAUACUAAAAUAUAUUCUUUGAAUUUUUUCCUGCGUUCCAUCUUGAUGUACAUGGCCCUCUCUUUCCUUCUUUUCCUUUCUUUCCCCCUCUAUCUGUGAGGGUGGACAGGUAGAGUUGAAUAGCAUGAGAGUUGAUGCUGCUGUCUGCUGUGGCUUGCAUAAGUACUCUGUAGAAAAGCAUAUAUUGUUUUUGUGUCAUUCCUGGAGUAUGUAAAAUUAUGUUGAUGCUA